UGGUUUCCUGGAAAGUGAAACUAUGUAAGUGUACAAUGUAAUUAUAUAAGUAAUAGGUAAUAGUGCAAUAAUGAGUACUGUCAAGUUAAGUGUAGCUUAUUAAGAUGAUUAUGAGACGGUGGAUAUGAUUGGCAUGGGGUUGCAAACAUUAUUAAAAUAGUUUAGCUGGUGACUUCCCACUGGCUAAAGCAAGUGACACCCUAAUCUCAGCUUUGGCAUCAUAACUCAUUUGCAUCACCUUUUGUUGACAGAAACCAGAGACCCAGUCAACAAUGUGAGUUGACUAAAUGUUCUAUUGAUAUGUCCCAUUCAUUGAUAAUCAAGGUCCAAGGUUAAUUUUCAUUGGCAGAACAGGAUUGCACAAUGAAAUGCAGCCCCUUCCACGAAAUUGUAUAAAUGAGACAAAGAAAUGAAAUGAAAAUAGAAUUGGGAAAAAAAAGUAUAAAAAGAACCAGAACAAGGUAGAAUAAAGAUAAACUGAAGAUCAGUCUCUGUCCAGGUUAGGUGAGAUUCGGUGGCAAAUACUAGCCAACACAAUAUCCUCCGGUCUUACAGACCCUUUAUUGCAAUACCAGAAGUUACAUAUGCAUACGGAUAUAUCACACAAUCAUUUAUACUUACAGCCACGCCUGUAACAUUAUGCUUCUUAGGGAAAACAAGCUGGAAACACAAUAUUGACAUAUUAUUACCUUAAAAAGUUGAUAUGGCAAACUGUAUCUUAUUUACACCCCCACUCACAGUAUGUAGCAUCUAAAUGCAUGAUUUGCACAGUUUAAAACUGAAACCAGAGGAAUGAUUAGCAACAAAUAGAUUGGAUAAAAAGAUAGUUGAGCCAAAGGUAUUUCUUUUUAAACUUAACCAGUUGUGCCACAUUUUGAGAAAGGGCAGUGCGAAAAAAUGUCAGCAAGUUUUGCCCGUCAGCCUGUAUUGCAGCAAUCAAAGCCAAAUGCACUUGCUGCCACCCUAAGUACUGUCAGGCAUCCUACCAUGCAGCUAAUUACCAGCACGCCUCUUUCUGCAAUAAGCAAAAUGCAAAUAAUGAGCACAAUGCACCCAGGUGCUUAAAAUAAGGGUAAUGUUGAAGCCAGAAAUAGAAUAGUCUCUCUAUUGCCAUCUAGUGGCUCUAGACAGCAACUGUAAUUUACCCACCUGCAAGUGUCCACACAACCUAAGUGCUCACUAAAAUGGUCAGUAUUGUCAAUACAUGCUUUUCACCAAAACAAAGUUACAAUCUGAGAGGCCAUUAUAAUUUAGUUAUAGUUUUGCACUACAUUAUGACAUGUGGGUUGUUUCGUGUUGUGCUUGUCAGGUCUGUGCACCAGGCUCCAAUCAGCUGUCACCUACUCCUCCUCGGCUGCAUCCAUUGCCUCAAACUGGCCACUGCAACGGAGAGCAAGAAAUGACAACAUGCUAGCAAUCAACAAUGUUUGUAACAAAGUGUCCUUGUGCUGUCAUUUUUUUUAAUUUACAUAACAAGCUGUGUGUGUGUGUUUAGUAUGCACUGCUGCCCUCCUACGCCCCUGUGUAUGACAUCCACAGAGACAAGCUGGCCAGUCAUAACAGAAGAAAGACAUCAACUACUCACAUCACACGGCUACACCACCAAGAAACACACAAAGGAUCACCAUCACGCCAUCUGUGGACGUCUGAUUGCUUGAUUAGUGACUGAAAACAUAUACCUAGGUGUUAAACACGAAAGGAUACUGAGGAGAAAGGGGACUCAUCUCAGCAACUCACAAUCACUGGACAUCUUACUGAAUGACUGAUCUCAGUAAAAAUCUGAACUGAGGUUUUUCUAAGGAACAUUGUUUCGACGUCGAGAGCGUUCUAAAGGUUCUUCAGCGACCAUGGCAUCAACAGGUCUUCAGCUGCUGGGCUUGGUGUUGGCUGUGCUGGGUUGGGUGUGUGGGGCGUUGGUGUGCGCGGCUCCUCUGUGGCGUGUGUCCGCCUUCGUGGGUGGAGAGCUGGUGAUUGCACAGGUGUUGUGGGAGGGACUGUGGAUGAACUGCCUGUCUCAGACCACAGGCCAAAUCCAGUGCAAGACCUAUGAUUCCACCCUGGCCCUGCCCACGUCUGCCCAAGCCGCCCGGGGCCUCAUUGUUCUCUCCCUGCUCCUCUGCCUUCUUGCCCUCGUACUCGGGGUGACAGGGGCCAAGUGUACUCACUGCAUGGGUGACGGUAACCAGGCCUCCAAGGCUCGGCUGGCCAGGAUAGCAGGGGUGCUCUUCCUUGUGGCUGGCCUGGCCUACUUGAUACCCAUCUGUUGGACUGCCUAUGCAAUCGUCAGGGACUUCUAUGACCCGAACGUUGCAGCGCCUUUAAAGAGAGAGCUGGGACCGGCGCUGUACCUGGGCUGGGGGGCCUGCGUGCUGCUCCUGGUGGGGGGCGCUCUGCUGCAUGUCGGCUCCUCUCCACCAGGAGGGAGAACGCUUCCUGUUUUCGGCGGCGCAGCGAAGGACAACCCACAUGCAGGGGCAGCAGGAGAGGUGAAGCAACAGGAAAAAUCUUUUGUAUGAGAUCAUUUUAUUGGACAUGUGAGGUACAAACAAACACAGAGGUCACAACCUCGCCAGACACAAUCUAUUAGAGGAUAAUCUGCCUGUAUUGUGUUUUAUAUCUUAUAAAGCAGAGUUAGUGUAGGUUUCUUUAAGUUAUAAUGUGGAUUUCAUUACACUUUAGUAAAUGAUGGUUUUACAUAUAUUAAUACAUUUACAUGACAAACUACAUAGCAAAGGGUUUCUCAUAGAAAUUACAUUAUUUAAUAGCUUUCUGUCAGAGUGGGAGUUGACAUGAAUUGUGGGAGGAUUUCAGAUGUUUCGAGGUUUACUAAUGUGUGUGACUUACAUUUCUCAAAUUCCACUCUGCCUCUGCUUGUGUUUAUGUGUGUGUGUGUGUGGGUGGUUUGUGUACAGACAGCCAGUGUACAUAGUAUAUCUGCGUAUGCUGGUGUGUUCACUGAAAAUAUCUGUUGGCAGUCAGAGCGAUGCUUGUUUAUUUACUUUUUAUGAAAGUUUUUGAGUGUCUGGGGUUUCCGAGCAAACUCACUUUUCAUAUUAUAUUUUUCCUUUGUCAUUUUCUUUAUUCUUGCUUACAUUUAUUUUUACUGUGGUUCUGCAAUAUGUAUUUUUACUGUACUCUUUUUAUUGAUGUCAGUUUAAACACCCUUUUGUCUAAGUUUUAGAGCUUGUUUCUUUUGCCUACAUGAGAACUAUUUAUUAAUGUUUAUUUAAUAUUAUUAUUUCCAGUAGUAGUAGUUUUGUUAAUUUGGAUUAACAAAAAUAAUUUGUUGCUCAUCUGAACAAAAGUGUUUACAUUUUUGACCUUGUGUUCUCUGACUUUAUGUCUUACUAAAUCUCACUUACUAAUUAUAUAAAAGUAGUCCCUGGGCUUUCACUGGGUUAGGAUAAUGAAAAGGGUUGGCUAUGGUCAAGGUUAGGAUUACAUAGUCUCGAGAUGUAGCAUGUCUCAUAGUUUCAUCAAGCUUUUGCCACCUCACAGUUGACUUAAUAACAUUAUACAGUAUAUUUUACAUUGCAUUUUUCACCUUUACUUUUGUAUUGACUGUCUUUUGUAUAAUUCAUAACCACUUAUGAACAAUAAAUAUAUGUGUUUGCAUUCCA